GCAGGUGAUAGGUAGGAGGAGAGCCAUUAAAGCAAACUUGAAGAGGGAGAAUCAGUUUUCUCAUUCAGAGUUUUAACUAACAGUGGAAGGAUAUGAGGAAGUACGGUUGGAAAGGUUUUAAGGAUUUAGUUUUAAGGAAUCCUGUCAUUGUUGAUCAGGAUCCACAUUUAGAUUCUGGGGAUGAAAAUGCUGAACGUGGGAACUGGUCGAACAAGAGGGAUUACAUUCUUUCUAUGAUCGGCUAUGCUGUCGGACUGGGAAAUAUUUGGAGGUUUCCAUACCUGGCCUACAAGAAUGGAGGAGGGGCCUUCCUUAUCCCUUACUUCACAAUGCUGGUGGUGACUGGGAUUCCUCUUUUCUUCCUUGAAAGUGCCUUUGGUCAGUUCUGCAGCCAGGGUCCGAUCAAUGUUUGGAGAGCAGUGCCGAUCCUGCAGGGUGUUGGCAUAGGGAUGGUGAUGGUGACUCUCAUGAUAUCUAUUUACUACAAUGUCAUCAUUGCCUACAGCCUGUACUACAUGUUUGCUUCCAUGCAGUUUCCUCUUCCGUGGUCCAGCUGCCCCAACCAGACUGACACUAACUGUAGUGACACGCCUAUAGUAUAUUGCAACGUGAGUGGUGUUAUAACGGCCAACUGGACCCAGCAAAACAACACUUGUAAUUCAUCUGACAUAAUCACAAAGGCAGUCCAGAGCCCAAGCGAAUACUACUGGGAUAAUGUGGCUCUGCAGAGAUCCAGUGACCUUGGUGAAACAGGACCAGUAGUUUGGCACCUUGCUCUUUGUCUACUGUUGAGCUCCAUCCUUGUAGCUGCAGCUCUGAUCAGAGGCAUCAAGUCAUCAGGAAAAGUUGUGUAUUUCACAGCCACGUUUCCUUAUGCGGUGAUUUUGAUCCUGCUGAUCAGAGGUGUGACACUAGAGGGAGCUAAAGAUGGGAUCGAGUUCUACAUCGGCACCCAGUCUAACUUGACAAAGCUGACUGAAGCCCAGGUGUGGAAAGAUGCUGCAACCCAGACCUUCUACUCCCUCUCUAUCGGCUGGGGAGGACUCAUGACUCUCGCUUCCUAUAACAACUUCCACAACAAUGUGUUCAAAGACUCAUUUGUUGUGACACUUACUAAUGCUGGGACCAGUGUGUUUGCUGGCUUUGCUAUAUUUUCAAUACUGGGUCAUAUGGCUCACAUCUACAAAAUACCAGUUGAGGAAGUGGUGAAGGAAGGUUUUGGUUUGGCCUUCAUUGCUUAUCCGGGAGCUCUCUCUAAGCUUCCUAUUUCUCCACUGUGGUCCAUUUUGUUCUUCUUCAUGCUUCUCACUGUUGGCCUGGACUCUCAGUUUGCAGGAAUAGAAGUGUUAACCACCUGCCUGCUGGAUGCUUUCCCCAAAGCCUUUAAAUCUAAGCGAGCCUUACUGACGAUAACUACAUGUUCAGUCCUCUACCUUCUGGGCCUGCCGUGCGUCACAAGAGCCGGAAUAUACUGGGUGACACUCAUUGACCAGUUUGUUGCCAGUUGGGUGCUGCUAUUUUUGGUUUUCUUAGAGAUUGUCGGUAUUUCCUACGUAUACGGAGGAAACCGUUUUAUUAAAGACAUCGAGAUGAUGGUUGGAAAAAAAUCCUUUGGUUUCUGGCUUUGGUGGAGGGCAUGUUGGUUCUUUAUCAGCCCCUGCAUCAUACUGGUUAUCUUGGGAUGGUCUGUAGUAACUUUUGCACCUCCCACAUAUGGAAAUGUUGAGUACCCAUCCUGGGGCUUGGCUCUGGGGUGGUGCAUGGUGGUUUUCGUCCUGAUCUGGAUCCCUGCCGUCGCUGUUUAUAAGCUGAUAAAAGCUAACGGAAACCCUUGGAAGCGUCUGAAAUCGUUGUGCUCACCAUCUGAGGAGUGGCAUCCCUACCUGGACAUCCAUCGAGGAGAGCGUUACUCGAAAGAGCGAUGCUUCCGUAAGAAGAGUGAGGAAAAUCAUCCUGAGGUUAAUGUAAUCUCCAGCUCCUGGCUUUAAUGUGUCUUUUAAUCCGUUAACUUGUUUAUUGGUGUAUAUGUGACAUCCUUCAUAAUCUAUAGAAAUCAUAUUUUUAUAUAUUGCGUGAAGUGAAUUUUGUAGUAAUGCAGACAAAAUUGAUUUAUAACAUCACGUUGACUUUUAUUUAAAGGCAUAGUGGGAGUUUUACCAACUCUGAGCAAAUUAUCUUAAUUUCUAAUCUAAACAUAAACUUACUUGUAACAUGUAACAAUUUUCUUCAUUACUAUUGAUCCUAAUUUAUUUCUGUCAUAUUUUUAUUUGAUUUCUUUUAACAAGUAAGCACUUUUUGUGACAAUUUUACCCAACAAGGUGACAAUCUGCCAUUGUCUUAUUGUGCCUGUCUUUCUCAGCAACGUUGUAAUGUCCUGUGGAGAAACGUACAAAAGGCCUAAAAAACAAUCAAAGUUUUACAGACAAGAAGAGGUACCCAAGUACAGAUAAAUCACGACAUGGGCAAAUAUUGUCUGUAUGUUACCGUUGGGUAUUAAUACACAGUCUCUUGCAAAAGUUUCAUCCCUACCUCUUGUUCUUUCACUCUGUGGAAACCGACGGUGGCAGCAUCAUGCUGUAGGGAUAUGUUUCUUCAGCAGGGACAGGAAGGAGGGUCAGAGAUUUGUUUUGGCUUACACGCAAAAUAACAUGUUUUCAUCAGCACGGUGAAACAUACUGGUGGCAGCAGCAUACUAAGGGGAUACUUUUCCUCAGUUGAUGGGAAGAUAAAUGGAGCUAAAUAAAGGGCAAUCUCAGAAGAAAACCUGUUAGAGGGUACAAAUGACGAGACUGGGGCGAAGAUUCACCUUGAAGCAGGAAAAUGACCCAAGACAUACAGCCAGAGCUACAAUGGAAUGGUUAGAUAGAUUAAGGAAUAUUUAUGUGUUAGAAUGGCCCAGGCAAAGUCUAGACUGAAAUCAGAUUAAGAAUCUGUUUAAAUAAUUGAAAGGUGUUGUUCACAGAAGCUUAUUAUCCUGUCUGACCACACUUGAGCUAUCUUGACUUUUUCAGACCUGCAGCUCAAAUCCCUUCUAUAGCAAUCUAGGCUACCCUCUUUUGUUCCUGUCUGACUCAUAAUUUGGUUUUAUUGUUCCAUCCAGCUCUGCAGAGGUGAGGAAAAAAAGAAGGGGGGUGAUAUCUGUGCCUUUUUUUAACCACCGCUGAGCGGCCAGAUAAUCAUUAUCCUGGGAGCUUUAGGGUAUUUUUAAAGUCCUUGUAUCUGCCACCUAAUUACCUCAGUGAGCAUGAACCACACAGCUGGCUGCUCUACACACACACACACACACACACACACACACACAGACACACACUGCGCUGCCCUGUUUCUUUUUAACAACAACAGCAUUACUCCCAGGUUAACCACAAGUUAAGCUGUAUCAGAUAUGAUGCAUUUGUUCAUGAUUCAUACAGAGUAGAUUCCUCUCCACACAGUGUCACUGCACACCCAGUCAACGUCAGUCAAUCAAUAUCACUGACUAAUCCAAAGUCAUGUUAUAUUUUUAUGAAUAAUUCUUUGGAGCUUCAUAUUUAUCACACUGAGAUGUUUUUCUAUGUAGUUCUCUGUUGAUUACACACUAUCAACUGAGCAUGUGUUUAAUUUGAAAUUUUCACUUAAUCUAUAAUCAGCAUCAACUGAUUUUGUAAAUGAAUAAAUGUCUCUAUUGUAUUCUUUAUAUGUAACAAAAAUGGACAAGAUGUUAAAAAGGAAACAUGCAUCAGUAGCCUAAUGCUAAGAUGGAUACCAAACAUACUUCUGGGUUUGUUUGUUUUUUCAUAAAGAUUAAAUGGAUUGUAUUGACUGUCUUUUAUAAGUUUGUACCUUUCUAUGAAAAGGAAUAUAAAUAAACCAAACUGAAUGUCGAA